CAUGGCCGUGUGGGCAUCUUCCCCUCCAACUACGUAGAGAUCCUGCCACCCACGGAGGUGCCCAAGCCCAUCAAGGCACCGACCAUCCAGGUGCUGGAGUACGGGGAAGCCCUGGCGCUCUACAACUUCCGAGGGGAGCUGCCUGUUGAGCUCUCCUUCCGCAAGGGCGAGAGGAUCUGCCUGGUGCGGCGGGUGGAUGAGAACUGGUACGAGGGACGGAUCUCUGGCACCAGCCGUCAGGGCAUCUUCCCUGCCACCUACGUGCAGGUGCUGAAGGACCCGCGGGUGAAAGCCACCGCUGAGGACUUCCCACCCUCAGCCACCUCCUCCAGCCCCCGGCCCCUGGCUGGUUCCCCAUCCCCACAGCGCUCACCCGGUCCUCGGGGUCCCCCACUUUCCACCAGUUCCCCCCGGAUGGCAGAGCAGGGUCCUGGUGAGCGCUCAGCCCUGGGGGCACCCACCAGCACCCACCCUGAGCCCACCCCAUCCUACAACGGCUCUGAAAUCCAGUGGACCCCGUACCGGGCGCUCUACCAGUACCGACCCCAAAACGCCGACGAGCUGGAGCUGCUGGAGGGGGACAGGGUGGAUGUCAUGCAGCAGUGUGAUGAUGGCUGGUUUGUGGGUGUGUCCAGGAGGACGCAGAAAUUUGGCACUUUCCCUGGGAAUUAUGUGGCACCGGUGUGA